AGUCGAGAAAAAAAUAAGAUGAAGCAAAAAAUCAUUCUUAUCUACUUUUUUACGCAUUCGGAAACUACAAAACUUUAAUCUUGUUGUCCAAAAUACAUUUUUCGCCUCAUUGAAUGCAGGGAAGAUGAGAACAACAGAACAUAUAAGUCCUUUUGUACAGUAAAAUAUAAAUUUCAAACACUUCUUGACAUUCAAUUUGUCUGAAUUAAGACAUAAACGAACUCAUUUUUAUAAAUUGUCUGCCUAAAUAUUUUAUUUCUUUGAUAAACGGCAGCGCCGGCGUGUCUACCUUUCCCCUUACACCGCAAACAUGGCGAGGGACCUGUCAACGAAAAAGAAGUUUGUGAAGAAGGGAGUGUUUGAGGCUGAGCUCAAUGAGUUUCUGACUCGUGAGCUGGCUGAGGAUGGAUACAGCGGUGUGGAGGUCCGUGCGACCCCGGGCCGUCGGGAGAUCAUCAUCCUGGCCACCAGGACCCAGAGCGUUCUUGGCGAGAAGGGCCGCCGGAUCCGCGAGCUGACCUCGGUGGUGCAGAAGCGGUUCGGCUUCCCGGACGGCUCUCUGGAGCUGUACGCCGAGAAGGUGGCCACGCGCGGCCUCUGCGCCAUCGCCCAGGCAGAGUCGCUCCACUACAAGCUCAUGGGCGGCCUGGCCGUGCGGCGUGCCUGCUACGGCGUGCUGCGCUUCAUCAUGGAGUCUGGCGCCAAGGGCUGCGAGGUGGUGGUCUCCGGCAAGCUGCGCGGACAGCGCGCCAAGUCGAUGAAGUUCGGCGAGGGCCUGAUGAUCCACUCGGGUAACCCGGUCAACGACUACGUGGACAAGGCCUGCCGCCACGUCCUGCUCCGGCAAGGCGUGCUCGGUAUCAAGGUGAAGAUUAUGCUGCCGUGGGACCAGACGGGCAAGAUCGGCCCCAAGAAGCCGCUGCCCGACCACGUGACGAUCGUGGAGCCCAAGGAGGAGGAGCUGCCCAAGGAGCCCUACUCGGAGACCAAGGAGAAGCCCGUCGAGCCGGUGCCCGUGCCGCCGCCGCAGGCCUAGACACUCCCUACCAAUACACGACCGACGCUGUGUCAA